AUGUCCGGAGCCGAGGCGGCGAUCGCUGGCAUAGGAUUUCUUUGCAAUGCGAUGCAGAUCGUCACUUUCGGUAGAGAUAUCCUCCAAGUUUACCGCCAGGUUCGGGAUAAAAGCAAUCCUGACCCAAGAUUGGAGGCCUAUCUUGGAAGCGCGAAAGCUUGCUUCGAUGAUAUUAACAGCUCUGCUUUGGCGACCUCUCAGGUUCUGCCGUCGACCCGAGACCAACAGCAGAUAAUUGACAUUGGCAAAAAGCUGGAGGAAUCCAUGACCCAGCUCCAAUCCAAAUUUUCAGAGCUUCAUAUCGAUGAUGCAUCUAGACGUGGAUUCCGCGGGAAGAUGGAGAUGGGUAAAAAGAGUCUGGCAUCUCUUUGGCAAGGAAAGGAGCUUGAAACUCUUGAGGUAAACCUCAAAAGAUACGAGAGCCUUCUUCAUGGUGUCGUACUACACCGUAUAUGCAACCAGUCUCAGGCCGCAGAAAUCAGUUCACAACAGUCCUUCAGCGAACUUAAUACCAACCUACAGUCAGUCAUUAAACAACUGGCAGAUGGCCGCACAUGGAUGUCCGAGCUUUCAAUCGAGUCACUGGAGACGAGGAACCGAAUUACCCAGGAGCAUGAAACAACACGUGCAGCUAUCAACACAGGGUUCACUACGACAAAUGGCGCCCUUUCGAGUUUCCGCGACUCGGUGUCCCGAGAAUUCGAGGAUAUGGCUCGACGCGACCAGAGCAAAACCUUCGAGCAAGAGCACGACCAAUUACUCCAAAGCCUCCGAUUCUCUGAGAUGAACAGCCGCAGGAAUCACAUAUCUGAAAACUACCCUGGCACCUUCAAUUGGGUCUUCAAAAACCCCGUUGACCGCAAUCGCGGCAACUUGUUAAGGUCGGCCAGCACGACAUCGGAUCCCGAUUCAUUUCCUGCGUGGUUAGAGUCUGAUGCCCACCAAUUUUGGAUCAGCGGCAAGCCGGCUUCUGGAAAAAGCUCGCUCAUGAAAUUCCUUGCGACAAGUCCCCUCACACUACAGUAUCUGCAAGCCCAGGAUAGCAAGUUUCAAAUCCUCGCUCACUAUUUCUGGAAGCCAGGGCAGCCACUACAAAAGAACAUAGAAGGGAUGGCACGCUCUCUGCUCCAUCAAGUGCUUUACAAGAACCGUGUUCUCGCCCAGCGGCUAUGGACUGAGCAGCCAAAUGUUCAAGAUAAGCGAGAUGGUGGAGACUGGGAUAUGAAGGGGCUAAGGAAGGCUCUCUGCUGGGCAAUCGAGUCUUCUGGCAAUACUUAUUGCAUUUUUCUCGAUGGACUGGACGAGGCUAAAGAAUUCGAGGACCUCCCGUGGGGUGACCAUCAAAAUACCCAAGUCAUCUACGACUUGCUCAAACUCGACAAUAUUAAGCUAUGUGCAUCCAGUAGGGAAGAAAGUCCUUUCUGCCAGUUCUUCGCAGGCCAACCCCACCUCAGAACCCAUCAGCUCAAUGAGUAUGAUAUUUAUCAUUAUGCGGAGAGUAUGCUAGAAGUAUCUGGGCUAAGUUCUUAUGAUCGAUCUCGACUUCUAUUAACAGUCGUAGAGAAAGCAAACGGUGUGUUUCUCUGGGUGGUCUUGGCCGUCAAGAGCCUCAAUCAGGCAAUACGUUCAGGCGGUGCCAACGAAUUUGAGGAACGACUCGCACAGACACCAUCAGAUUUGCAAGACCUCUUGGUCGAUAUGUGGAAUCGCCCAGGAGAUGAUACCAAGUUGCCAACUUACAGCAUCGAGUCUUCUCGCUUCUUCAGUCUAGCCCUUUCGGCAAUCAAAAUAGACGAGUACUGUUGCUAUGGCGGUCUUUCUCCGAGACUACCUCUCCAUUCAACGCGAUCAUUACUCGUCAUGACUACAGCCCUGGAGGAUAAGUCAUUCACGUCAAUAUUAAGAGAAGGCCGAGAAAUCCUUGCAGAAGAACUUCAAGCAAGAUGUGCGAGGGUAAAAGAUCGAUUGCGUUUGGUUUGCCGAGGUCUCCUUGAAGUAACGACACUAGAUGAUGUCCAUCAUUCAUGGGUUGGAAAUAGAGCCCUUUAUGACUAUGCCAUGACAAAGGUCGAAUUCAUACACAGAUGUGCAUUCGACUUCAUUACCGACACACACUUUGGACGUCAGUGUCUUUCACUUUGUCAUUGGUCAUCAAUUGACAAAGUUGAAAGGUUGCUUGUCGGCCACCUAGUCAAAUCCCGAUUUCUAUGCUACACGUCAAAACGACACUAUUUGAAGGUAACGAACGGAAGGACAUAUUUAAGAUCCGACGUUGACUACCACCAGCUAGUCCCAGCCUUACGUAUUACCCUAAACUCAUUCAAGGACAAUAUAUCCCGCCGAAAUAUCAUUCUUGAGGAAAUGAGGGAUUGGCAGCAACGUGGCUUAUUUUACAAUCACUCAUAUUGGCGUUAUCCAAUCUUGUUCAAAGCUCAUCCCCUCCUGGGAGAGUUGGAGUUUCUUGAAUAUGUUGCAAUGGUGGCCAGCCCGAACAUCAUCGUUAUUGAACUGUUAGACCAAUUGUCUAUUGAUCGUCUGGCAGUCGCUGUUCCUGUUCUGCUCUGCGCGUUGGAGGAUACCCUCGGGUAUUGCUUGAAUUUUAUUGACUACCUUUUAACCCGCUUACAAAGCGCGACUGACAAAGGGUGGCAAGGUUAUCCCUUACAAGUUCAACAUGACGUGAGAAAUGCAGUGCGUCUGCUGCAUUCGUGGUUCGUCAUGCAGUGUCUUUGUCUUUUACAUGACGAAUGGACUGAGGAUGGACAUAAAAUCACAGAUCUACUACACCGCUUUGGCCGUACUCUAUCUCCAAUGGAUUGGCUGUGCCCGUUGAUUUUGGAAUUUGGGGUGGAUCAUAAGAUCGACUUUAUUUCAAUAAACAGCGAAGGGGAGUUCUUUGGACUUUGGCAAUAUACCCUGGCUAUUGGCAAUUUCGUUACUGCCUACCACUUACUUGGUCAACUUUUACCAGAUCGGGUAGGUUGUGCUCUACACGUCCAACCUCCACAAGACGCCAAAGAACGGUUUGAGAUACUUUCCGUCAGACAUGAUGCAGAUUCUCUAAAUGGUGACAAAGAGUUUUUUUCACCUGCAACAGAGUAUCAUCUAGAUAUUGCAAACUGUAUAAAAGAGAGCUUAUUAGAACGCGAUGCUCAGAUUAGACAACAAAAAUGGUCGCUCUUGUUGGAAAACAUUGAGACGGGCUUGGAAUGGAUAGGCAAGGACACAUUGGGAUAUUGUAUUAGGGAGGUCAACAAGCGGGGCUUGGAACUGGUACAUCCAUGGGUGAAUGUUGUCAUAGACGAUUAA